UACACAGACGACGAAUCACAUGACUGCAGAGAUGGCCAACUGGAAGAAUCACGUGCGUGCUGGACUGCAGCAGAGAGACCAAACUGAGAAACUGCCUCAUGUCGGUGUUUUUACGACACUGUCUCAGCUGGAGGAACGUUUUGAAAUCCGCAAACAAAUCCUGGAUGAUGUUCAGUGUAACAGCUCUGAGCGAGAUGGAGUAGAAGCUGGAAAAAUCCUUCAUCUGCAGCUGAGAGAGACUGAGCACCUGUCAGAAAAGUUGUCUCAGACCCUCUCCGACCUGACCACCGUCCUGUAUCUGAAAGAGGCUGAGCUGCAGUACUGGCAGUCACGUGUAUCCCAAUACCGUCAAGAGGCACGUACCCUGGCUAAAGGGAACAACACCCUGAAGGUGACCCUUUCAGAAUUUGAAUUCAACAUAGAGUGUCAGUCCAAAGAGUUGACCACCCUGCGAGCGGAGCAGGAAGGACUAAAGGAAAGUUUGACGCAGGCUCGGAGAGAGAAAGACGAACUGUUGCAGCGGUGGAUGGAGGAGAAGAGGGAGGAGGCUGACAGGAUGAAUAAGAACAAUGAUGCACAGGAACGGUGGCAACAUUUGGCCAAACAAAUGAAGAAACACCUCCAACAACAGGAAAAAGAAAAAUCAUUACUUGUCGACGCGUCUCACUGAAGAAGUUUAAAACCCCAUCCGUCUGAGGUGAUUCAUGGAUUACACCAUUUUUAAGUCAGUGCCUGGUAUUCAUGACCAUUUACCAGUUCCAAAAAUAUUAGCAAAUGUUUAUAGUUAUAUUUUAACACAUUUUAGAAUAGCUGAUUGUAUUAAAAAUAAAGAAAACAAGCUUGUUGAGUUCAACAUAAGUUGUAAAUUGGUAUAAUAUAGGUCAUAAUUUGUGAAUAAGUUGAAU